AUGGCGGAAGAAAAUCUUUUGUACACGGGGCUCAUAAACCUAAGUACAGAACAUGUAUUGGCCUGCUAUCCUAGAAGUGCAGCGCGUGGCACUGGUCUUAUCGUAGAGGAAGGCCUGGAACAUGUAUACGAGGAUGCAACGACAAAGGAGCCUGGUACUGACUUGCAAGAAAUACAAUUAGAGAACAUCACAAUCUACUACCAGACGGAUGACGAAGACAAAUUAGCAGUCUUGGUCAUGGUGAACGCAGAGGACUACCCAGAAAGGCUCGUUCAGAACAUGAUACAGGAAAUAUGGAGGACCGUGCGCCUAUUGGUCGAUCAGAAAGGCACAGUCGAUUUCAAAUCCAGGACCGUGCAACUACCGCUCUCCGCACAAUUGGCACGCACCUUCAAACGCUACAACAUGGAGUUUGAAACCGACAAGGUGCUUAAAGCCCAAGCAAAGGUGCAAGGUGCCACAGAAGCGGUGCAAGAGUCUAUACAAAAGAUCAUCGAUAACUGCGCAAACAUGCAGCAGCUGAAAGAGAUGUCGCAAACACUCAAAACCAAGGCUAUUGUGGUUAAGCAGUACCGCUGUCUUUUCGCUGAGAGAAAACGCAUAUGCGUGCAGUACAUCUCGUUCGGGGUCAUCAUAGUUAUCGUCGUAGCACUCUACAUAGCGCUGCCUAUCGUGCUGUCAGAAAGCAAAAAGUAG